ACUGAUCGAAUUGCCUGCCGACAGACCAUCGGCAGGCUCUCCUCUCGAACUUGAACAAAUACUUUACGAAGAGUAACCAACUUAAUGUUUUAACAACCGGACCUAAAUGUAUACGUUAUAAAAACAUAAACAUGUCAGUGGAUCAUCAUGACAGCCCAGAACAUGAGAGCCUCUACGGCUCCACAGACAACAGCGGGGAACACGAGUCGCCGGGUAGCAACCACUGCACCAACCAUAGCAACCACCAUUUCCCCGGCACCACAGCGGGUCAUUGGGUUAGCUCUGACCAGGGCGAAGAGGCCAUUCGCAGGAAAUUGAAGUACUUCUUUAUGAGUCCAUGUGACAAAUACCACGCUAAGGGACGCAAACCCAUCAAGCUGAUACUUCAGCUGCUCAAGAUCAUCAUUGUCACUGCUCAGUUGGUGCUGUUUGGCCUUAGCAACCAUGUGGUGGUAACUUUCAAGGAGGAGAACACCAUGACGUUCAAAUAUCUUUUCCUCAAAGACUUUGACGAGUCAUCUGACACUUCUCUUGCCGUGUACACACAACAAGAUGUCUAUGAGCAUAUCUUCUACGCUGUGGACCAGUAUCUGGCUCUGCCUGAGACCACAGUGGGACGCUACGCAUACGUCUACGGCGUCGGUGUGAAUGGGAGUGCUCUGUCCCUCUGCCAGCAGUACUACAAGAGGGGCCGCAUCGAUCCCGCAAACGAUACCUUCAGCAUUGAUCCGCGCAUCAUCACAGACUGCAUCGGAGUGAACCCCAUGUCUGAGCCCCCAGUGCCGCUCACCGCCUCCUACAAGAACUUUACACUCAAGUUUCACAAGUUUAUCAAUGUCACCAUUGAGUUUCAACUAAAAGCCAUCAACGUGCAGACCAUUAUCAACAAUGAGAUCCCUGACUGCUACACUUUUUAUAUCAAGAUCGUACUGGACAACAAAGCUCACAGCGGCAAAGUGAAAAUAAGACUGGAGAACCAAGCGUCCAUAAAGGAGUGCAAGGACCCUAGUGUGUCUGGGCAGGCUGAGAACUACACCCGCGUGGCUUUCGAUGUCGCUGUGGCUCUCGUGUGCACGCUGUCUUUGGUACUAUGUGGACGGUCCAUACUCCGAGGCAUCAUACUUCAGCAAGAGUUUGUGCAGUUCUUUAAGGACAACCUGAAUCGCAAAGUGUGCUGGGCCGACCGUCUGGAGUUCAUCAACGGCUGGUACAUCCUCCUAAUUGCCAGCGACAUCCUCACCAUCAUUGGAAGUGUCAUCAAGAUUGGCAUUGAGUCCAAGAAUAUGUCUUCCUAUGAUCUAUGCGGAAUCCUCUUAGGGACCUCCACCCUCCUAGUGUGGGUGGGGGUUAUCCGCUACCUCACUUUCUUCCAGAAGUACAACAUUCUAAUCGUCACUCUCAGAGCAGCCUUCCCCAACGUGAUUCGCUUCUGUUGCUGCGUGGCCGUCAUUUAUCUGGGCUACUGCUUCUGUGGCUGGAUCGUGCUGGGACCGUACCAUGUCAAGUUCCGCUCGCUGUCCAUGGUGUCAGAAUGCCUCUUCUCCCUCAUCAACGGCGACGACAUGUACGUGACCUUCUCGGGAAUGCAGGAGAGCAGCACGUUAGUGUGGCUCUUCAGCCAGGUGUACCUGUACACCUUCAUAUCGCUCUUCAUCUACAUGGUGCUGUCGCUCUUCAUAGCGCUCAUUACUGGAGCUUAUGAAGCCAUCAAGCAUCAAACCCAGGAGCCCAUCCACAUAACAGACCUGCACGCGUUCAUCGCGGAGUGCACCGACGCGCCAAGCUCCGGGAAGUUCAGGGGCCUCGAGACAUCGCCGUGCUCCUUUUUCUGCUGUUGCGACAGGAUGACAACGUACGAGGACGUCCUGCUAGUAAACUGAGCGUGAAUCCACUUAAACCAACAGGACAGCACCUCUGCUACCCGCCUUUUUUUUCAGCACUUGUCUGAAGGAGGAGUCAAUCAGUUGGACCGACAUUCUCAUUGAAGAAUGCAUGAAAAAGCUGCUUUGUGGAUAACUAAAGCACAUGUAUUUAUUUCAUGGCCCAAAGUCAGGCCAGAUCAGUGUUUUUUUUUCUUUGUUCUUCAAAACUUUACAUCCACAAGGAAUGACUUUUAGCUGCUAUUUUUUAGCAGAUUUCAAUUUCCAGGUCAAUCAAUGCACACAAACCUGGAUGCAAUUUUGUUUGUGGCCUCCUUGCAAGGUAUACGCACCCGUGAAGUGUUCUUACGUUUUCGGGAACCAGGACCCUCACUUGACUUUUUUUCGUACUUUUUACGUUUUUCAUUUGUAUUAAGGAAGGACUGAGUAAUCACUGGACCACAACUCACAUUUUUAGCAUUCAUUCGUCGAAACACUCUUCAAACACAGACAACAAUAGUGCAAUGUAGAGUACAACAGAUAUUCUCAAGAAUAUUUAUUAAAAAGUAUUUGAUAACAUGUAUUAUCUUUUUGAAAAUAAUGUUUAAAUUCAUGUCAGAAUUUGAAUUUUGCCUGAGAUCGAGUGGAUUUUACAACAAGCUUCAUCUGAGUGGUUUUAUAUCAUGUUGCGAAACCUUCAUUUAUUUCAGUGAUUUGAUCAUCUGAACCAACACGCUCCAAAAACUUUAGUCAGAUGCUAAUCAAAUGUGUAUUUGAUUUUGUUGAUGAUCUCAAACUGUAGUUACAAUAUGCUGGACCAGCAUAUUUUUUUUGCAUUAUGUUUGCUGUAGUAGAUAUUGAAUUAUGCACUCGGAUACUAAUGAAGCACUUGCUUUUUCAUCACUUACCAAACAAAGAAAACUCUUAAUUUCUACUCAAGAUGCCUUCAAGGAACAUUUUAGAGGAUUAUCGCAAGCCAAAUGACAAGCAGCCAAAUGUUAACUUAUGUAUGGCAAUGUAUUGUGUGGUCAUUCUGUGAUUAUUUUUAAUUUUAGUUUUUUUAAAGUCUUCCCUUGUCGUCAUUACGGCUAUUUUAUAUGGUUUUGUAUUACAUGAAACGCACAAUUGUUGAAUAGAUCUCCCGUUUGAAUGCUCUUCAUUCAUUUGUAACAAAAAAUGUUCAGCGGAACGUCAGGAAACCUGUGUGAAAUUUAGCCUUAAUUCAAUUAUUAUAAUUGUCUAUAUUAUAUAUUAUUAUUAUCUUAUCCAUAUUUUCUACCCACAGUGUCUUUUUUUGUAAAUGUAAACUAGUCGAAACAUGAGGUCUUGUACACAUGUUGCUGAUUAAAGGGCUCUGGGUCAUCUUUGACGUCAUAUGUUCAUCAUACAUUUUUUAAAUUGUGAGUCAUUUUUACAUUGAACUCAUUGCCUGUCAUUGAUAGCAACAGACAUCCUAUCCAUUUCAAGCUCAAAUGGAUUGGACGUCUUCUAAUAACAAUUUAAAUUCACAGCAGAAGAAUCAAAAGAGCCACACAAUCUGUCUCAUUCAAAUAUUUUCUGUACAUUGAGUGAUCAACACAGCGUUGAUGGAUUUCUACACACAAAGUUUUCUAGACGUAGAGGAGAGAAAUUUAAUUAUGC